UACCAAUUACUUUUGCUCUCUCUCUCUCUUAAAAAACACUCUCUCACUAAAACACACUCCCCACUCACAUUCACUUCUCACUCUUCUAAUCUGCUGCUGCUGUAGCUUUAUCAUUUCUCUUCACCAUUUUCUUUCUCCUUCUUCUUCUUCUUGAUCCCAUUAAUUAGUACGUGUUUACCUCUCUUCUAAUGGCGGCUGGCUUGGUUUUCACGGUGCUCCUUUUAGCCAUGGCUGGUCACUCCAGUGCCACAUGGUGCAUUUGCAGAGAUGGACAGAGUGAUGCAACCUUGCAAAAGACUCUGGACUACGCAUGUGGAGCCGGGGCGGAUUGCAACCCGACCCAUCAAAGCGGACCCUGUUACAACCCGAAUACCGUUCGGGCUCACUGCAGCUACGCCGUCAACAGUUAUUUCCAGAAGAAUCGCCAAGUUGCCACCGCCUGUGAUUUUUCCGGCACCGCCACCGUUGUUACUUCUGACCCUAGCGUAGGUGGUUGUGCAUAUCCUGCUACUGCAAGUACCACCACGACACCGGUCUCCGGCAUGCCCACAACCACCGUGAACGGCGGCUCCCCGCUCGUGACAACCCCGUCCUCCGGCGGAGUGUUGGGUGGGUCGAACAACGGGCUAGGCCCGUCCGGAAUCAAUACGGAUAUAAGCCACGGGUGGUCCCCGCUACCGAUGAAUAUCAUCGUCGCCUUCUCCUUUGUAGUUGUCGCAUUUUCGGCACUUGUUUUAUGGUGAGAUUGGGAAAAAUUCAAGAUCCAUAUAAAUUGGUGAUGAUGAAGAAGAAGAAAUUAUGGGGUUUGAGAGAACUUUUUUGGUUAAUUAUUCUUGCCCCCCUCUCUCAAUAGUGGAAUCAUGAAUGAUGGUACUAUUAUGUAUUCUUUUUUAAAUUUGUAGUGUAGUGGCUUGGCUGUUUGUUUUGCCUCUGUGGGGGUCUGUCUUUAGGACCAUGUGCCCUCUUGCAACUUGGCUUCUCUAUUAUUACCACUACUUUCUUUGUAAUUUUGUGUUGGUACCUUCUGCAAUUUAAUUUGUGGGACUCUUCAAAUUCAUGAUUUUUUUAA